AUGUCCCAAGUCGACGCACAGCUCAAGGAUGUUGCCGUCCUCGGUACCGUGAGUGCUGAGGCCCGUAAGAUCCUCACCAAGGAAGCCUGUGCUUUCCUGGCCAUCUUGCACCGCACCUUUAACCCUACCCGCAAAGCUCUCCUCCAGCGCCGUAUCGACCGCCAGGCCGAGAUCGAUAAGGGCCAACUCCCCGAUUUCCUCCCAGAGACCAAGCAUAUCCGUGAUGAUCCCACCUGGAAGGGUGCCGCCCCAGCUCCCGGUCUUGUGGACCGUCGGGUGGAAAUUACCGGUCCUACUGACCGAAAGAUGGUGGUGAACGCUUUGAACGCGAAUGUGUGGACUUAUAUGGCUGAUUUUGAAGACUCUUCCGCCCCUACCUGGGACAACAUGAUCAACGGUCAGGUCAACCUGUACGAUGCUAUCCGUCGCCAGGUCGAUUUCCAGCAGGGCAGCAAGGAGUACAAGCUCCGGACUGAUCGCGUGCUGCCCACUCUGAUUGCUCGUGCUCGUGGCUGGCACCUAGAGGAGAAGCACUUCACCGUGGACGGGGAGCCUAUCUCGGGUAGUCUGUUCGACUUCGGUCUGUAUUUCUUCCACAACGCUAAGGAGUUGGUGGCCCGCGGGUUCGGUCCUUACUUCUACCUGCCCAAGAUGGAGUCGCACCUUGAGGCUCGUCUCUGGAAUGACGCCUUCAACCUGGCUCAGGACUACAUUGGUAUGCCUCGCGGUACUAUCCGUGGUACCGUCCUCAUUGAAACCAUCACUGCUGCGUUCGAGAUGGAGGAGAUCAUCUACGAACUCCGCGACCACAGCUCCGGCCUCAACUGCGGCCGCUGGGACUACAUCUUCUCCUUCAUCAAGAAGUUCCGCAACCACCCUGACUUUGUUCUCCCCGACCGCUCCGAUGUCACCAUGACCGUGCCCUUCAUGGACUCUUACGUUAAGCUCCUCAUCAAGACCUGUCACCGCCGUGGCGUGCAUGCGAUGGGUGGGAUGGCGGCCCAGAUCCCCAUCAAGGACAACGCCGCUGCCAACGACAAGGCAAUGGAGAGUGUCCGGGCUGAUAAGCUCCGUGAAGUUCGUGCUGGCCACGACGGUACCUGGGUUGCCCACCCUGCUCUUGCCGCGAUUGCCUCGGACGUCUUCAACGAGUACAUGCCCACCCCGAACCAGAUGCACAUUCGUCGCGAGGACGUCCACAUCACCGCGAAGGACCUGCUCAACACCAACGUCCCCGGAAAGAUCACCGAGGAGGGUAUUCGCAAGAACCUGAAUAUCGGUCUAUCCUACAUGGAGGGUUGGCUCCGUGGUGUGGGAUGUAUCCCUAUUAACUACCUGAUGGAGGACGCUGCUACCGCCGAAGUCUCCCGCAGCCAACUGUGGCAGUGGGCCCGUCACGGUGUGACCACAUCCGAGGGCAAGAAGGUCGACAAGGCCUACGCUCUCCGUCUGCUCCAGGAGCAGGCCGAUUCCUUAGCCGCUAAGGGCCCCAAGGGCAACAAGUACCAGUUGGCGGCAAGUUACUUUGCCGGCCAGGUGACAGGCGAGGAAUACGCAGACUUCUUGACGUCUCUGCUGUACAACGAGAUCUCAACGCCCGGUGCCGCCUCCAAACUGUAA